AGCUGACUGCUGUUUUUCAAGCUGGCAGGAAGUGUGCAGAGUGGAGACGGGAAAUGGGGGACAGGCUGGGGUAGGGGAGGCCAGCACCAUGGAGUCCACACGCCUUACAGAGGUGAGCAGCGAAGCAGACACGUGCAACUCGCCAGCCCAGAUGAAUGUGGUGGGACAGCAGGAAGGACCAUACACACGCCAGGCAGGGGUCCCAGCACAUCCCAGCUCCCCUCUCCCCCCCACGGUCCUUGCCAUGUUGCUGCCCCUGCUUCUCUGUUUCCUGCCACCCCCCGGCGCCUGUGUGAGGGCCCGGGACUCCCUGUCCAGAAAGUGCAGCCACCUGCAGUAUUGGCACCAAGAGGCUCAGGCCUGCGUCCCCUGUGAGAUCGGCUAUGCACACCUUGUCCCACUGCGUGGGCGGGAGUUCACCGUGAACUGCGGCAUGAGGGACACCGGCGGCCGCUUCGCAACUCCCAGCCAGGAGUGUCCCCCCGGAUCCUUCAACGACGGGCAGUUCCUGCUGUGUCCGCCCUGUUCCCAGUGCCCGCCCGGCACCCAGCUCAGCCCCUGCAACCCUCUGCAGGACACCCAGUGCUGCCCCCCCGGGCAGCAGCGGGGACCGGAUGGGAGGUGCCAGCCCCAGUGCUGCUUCCCAGACCACCAGUGUCACCCUGAGGUCCGGGCUUACAUCCACUGCAGCAGCUCGGCAGAAGCUCCCGGCGCCGAGUCUUCUGCCUCCCCUAGGUCCCCCACUUGGCUUCCGCCUUCAGAGGUACCGGGGGGCUCUGGCCAUGCCCCAGGCUCUGCUUCAGCCCCCACAUCUGGCACCCCUCAGUGCCCUGGAGGGCACGAAUCCUACAGGGACACAGCAGGCUAUGGUGUGUAUGUCGCUGUUCUGACGCUGCUGCUGGUGCUGCUGGCUGGGGCCUUAGCCCUCCUUGUCUGGACACAGCGUGGCCUAUGCCCCCACCAGGCCUCCAGCCCCAUGGCUGAGCCCCAUCGGCUGCUUCCCCCCCAGAGUGCAGACAAGACAUCUGGCAUCAUAGCACCCCCUGCUGGCCAUGCAGGCCUGUGGGGGGUGCCGCUGCAGCACCUGCUGGAUGAAGUGGAUGUGCUGGAGGAGCUGAUCAUGCUCCUGGACCCGGAGGGCAAGGCCGGGGGCGGGACCCGGCACCUGGCUGCCCGCUACGGCCUCUCAGCCACCUGGACUGACUACGCCUAUUCCCUGCGCAGCACACGCAGCCCCCUGCGCGCCACCCUGGAGACGGUGGCUGCCCGCCAGCCCGAUGCCACACUGGGGCAGCUAGCCGGGCUGCUGGCUGCCAUGGGGCGCAAGGAUGCCCUACAGGUGCUGGAAAGGGUGCAGGUGGGGGUGUGAGCUGCCUGCCUGGACUGACGCUCAGACCCCCUGCCACCCCCAGGAAGGAAACAAGCCAGGACCUUGUUCACACUGCCCUCUAGCUGCGCCUCCUCACUGCUACAGCCCCCUCCCCAUGGCCAGGGGGGGCAGGCCACUGGGGUUCCCAUCUAUCCCCCUCGGCCAGAAUUAAGAGAGCACAGGACAGCUGGGUUCUCCACUGCUGGCCUCUUCCUGAGCGGGGGCUACACACCAAGAACCAUCAAGGAGCCUAGUUACAGUGAAGACCAGGACACCUGGGUUGCCAGGGGGCAGUAUUUAGAGCAGGCUUUGCCCCUCAACCCUCCUCUAGCAUGGGGGCCAUCAGCCAGAGGGGCUGCCCUCCGCAACCUAGUCUCAGAGCCCAUGGUGCACCCGGUCACAUCAAAGGCCAGCCGGAGGCACCAAAGCCACACUGGAGACCUUGACACCACCACCAAGCCCAGGAGACCGGAGCGUCUGGGGCAGAGGAUCUGAGUAACUGCCCGGGGGACAGCUUGCCCAGCACUGAGAUGCGGCCACCU